GGCGCGGCGGGGGCCGGCGGUGGCGCGGCGAGGAGCGAGGAUGCUGAAGAGCUGCGGGAGGAAGCUGCUCCUGUCCCUCGUGGGCUCCAUGUUCACCUGCCUCCUGGUGCUCAUGGUGGAGCCGCCGGGGAGGCCGGGGCUGGCACGGGGGGAGGCCGGCGGGGCGCAGCGGGCGCUGCAGAGCCUGGGGGCGGCGGCGGCGGCCCCCCCGGAGGCGCAGGGUCCCCCCGGCCUCCGCAGCUUCGCCGACUACUUCGGGCGGCUGAGCCGAGCCCGGCGGGAGGUGCCCGCCGCCCCGCCGAGCCCCCCGCGGCCGCCGGCCGAGGACAUCUCCCCCCGCGAUGUCUUCAUCGCCGUCAAGACCACCAAGAAGUUCCACAAGGCGCGGCUGGAGCUGCUGCUGGACACCUGGAUCUCCCGCAAUCGCGACAUGACCUUCAUCUUCACAGACGGGGAGGAUGAGGAGCUGAAGAAGCAAGCACGAAACGUCAUCAACACCAACUGCUCAGCUGCCCACAGCCGCCAGGCCCUGUCCUGCAAGAUGGCGGUGGAGUACGACAAGUUCAUUGAGUCUGGCAGAAAGUGGUUCUGCCAUGUGGAUGAUGACAACUACGUGAACGUGCGGACACUGGUGAAGCUGCUCUCCAGCUACCCCCACACGCAGGACAUCUAUAUUGGGAAGCCCAGCUUGGACCGGCCCAUCCAGGCUACGGAGAGGAUCAGCGAGAACAAGAUGCACCCUGUGCAUUUCUGGUUUGCCACGGGCGGAGCAGGGUUUUGUAUCAGCCGGGGGCUGGCACUGAAGAUGAGCCCGUGGGCCAGCGGGGGCCACUUCAUGAGCACCGCGGAGAAGAUCCGCCUGCCCGACGACUGCACCAUCGGCUACAUCAUCGAGUCUGUGCUGGGGGUGAAGCUCAUCCGGAGCAACCUCUUCCACUCACACCUGGAGAACCUCCACCAGGUGCCCAAGACAGAGAUCCACAAACAGGUGACACUAAGCUACGGCAUGUUUGAAAACAAGCGCAACUCCAUCCACAUGAAGGGAGCCUUCUCUGUCGAGGAGGACCCAUCCAGGUUUCGCUCCGUGCACUGCCUGCUGUACCCCGACACGCCGUGGUGCCCCGCCAACAUGGUUUACUAGGAGGCGCGUGUCCCCUUAACCUCGUCCCGAAUUUCCCCGGUAUCCGACGGGCGUGCGGGACCUGUGUGCGGGUGUGUCAGUCCGGCGGAUGGACGGACAGACGUCGUUGCUGUGGUAUUGCACAGUGUGUGUGUACUGAAGGCUGCUGUGCGGCCCCGUGUCCCUGCCCGGCUGCCCGCGCCCGCUGCCCGCUCCGGCCAGGGCGGUGCAGAGGGUCGGGUCCUGAGCACUUAAUCCUUGGGCACCCCGCGGCGCUGGUGAGCCCCACGCCAUGCGUGGGGAGCGACCGCAGUGCGGGGCUCUGCCUCCCCUGGGCUUGCUUCUCCGCCUCCCCUGGGCUUGCUUCUCCGUUUUUGUUUUAUUGUUCCCUUUCAAAUGUUAAGUUUUUUGGUAUGUGUGCUCCCCUUCCCACCCACCCCCCCCACCCCCCCCCCCCGGCCUCUACCCACCCACCCCGCGGCUCCUGUAAGCCCCAUCCUCUCUCCCAGCCCCAAAAUCUCAGCAGCAAAGCUCCGGCUCCCGAUUCACGUGAAGGGUCAUCGAUGAGUUUUGCUCCCCAGCUCAGGGGGCAGGCAGGGGAGCCCCCCGGCCAUGGUGAGCGCUGCUGCAGGGUGCUGCAAGGCUGCUGGCUGCCCGGCGGCUGCACUGGAAGGAGAUGGUGGGGUGGGCUGCGAGCCAGCAUUGGCGUUGGCUCUGUUUCCCAGAGCUCCUCCUGCCUGGCUGAACUGUUGCAGGCAGCAUUGAUCUAUGCACUAUUUAUAGACUUAAUGUAAAGCCUUUCUAUAAAUACGGGGGGCAGGAGGAGGGCUUUCCCGGCACUGUGUACUGGGUCUCCCUUCAGUGCCGCCUCGUGCCUGCUCGCCAGCCGGCAGUGGGUGCGGGCAGGCUGGACACGGGCAGCCCAGCACCUUUGCAAAGCAGCACCUCAAGGUCUGGCCGGGGGCUGUGGGGGUGAUGCUCCCCGCUGCCGCCGUGGGGCCAGAGCAUCCUCCAGCCCUGGCCUGGCUGUGGGUGCUGCUGGGGUGGCCAGAGCACCCAAGAAGUGCCUGGCUGUUGCUCUCGCCCUGCUGGGGAGGAUUUAGCUGGAGAGGGAGAAGGACCCUGCAUCCCCCUGCGGCUGCCCUGUCUGCUGCCACCAGCCCUGUGCCCUGGGGUAAGCGGGCUGAGCUGGAGCUAAACGUUUCCAACCCGAAGCUGAGUGAAAAUAGCCCAUAAUGGGUGCAUUGUAAAUAUGUUAUUGAGCCAGUAUUUUUUUUACUGUGCCUUUUUUUUAAGAAAAAAAAACACAUUGAGAAAUAUGUAGAUUUUAAAAUGCUUUUUAUACAUUUUCUGUGGAUCAGAAAAAAAAAAUCCCCGGUCUUUGAUAAUCUGUUUAAGAAAGAAAAAAAAAAUUGCGAUGUCUUGUAACUAUCACUUACCUUAAUUUAUAUGUUCCAGUAUCUGGAACGUCACUCUGUGCUUUUUGUAACUAGGAUGUGUUUAAGGCAAUAGAUGUGGGAUGGGGAACCAGCAUGGACAGUGUGUUCUCAGGGACUUGAACCCGAUUGCUGCCACGGGGUUCCCGUGGGAGCCGUCACCAAUAAACCAGCUUUUUUGCUGACCACAGUCA